AUGAAGAUGCUGCACUUGGCUCUGAUUCUGCCCUCGCUGUCCGGUGUUCUCACUCAGGACAGUGGAUGGCGUGUGAAUUAUCCUGAUAAUCCGAUCUGUGCUGUGAGAGGAUUCAGUGUCUCCAUUCCCUGUAGUUAUUAUUAUCCAACAUCAAAUCCCAACAUUCAGGUGACACAAAUGCUUUGGUGCUCAAUGAACAACAACAUAGAAAAGUGUACAGACCCUCCGUAUGUUUAUAACAGCUCAUCAAACACCAACUCGGACUUUGAGUACGUUGGAGACGACAAAUCAAACUGCACUUUGUUAAUCCACAAUGUACAGUUCAGUUAUUCUGGAGAGUACAAAUUCAGAUUUAUAACUGAUGUGACCGGUGGCAGGUGGACAGGUGAUCGUGGAGUGACUCUACAAGUUUCAGAUUUAAAGGUGUCACUAAUCAGGCUCAGUGGAAACGGAACCCUUAAACAAGAAGACUCGUUAAAUCUGACGUGUGAUGUGAACUGCACACACAGUUCCUCACAGUUUGUGUGGUCUAAGAGCAACGAGCAGUUAAACACAUCAGGACCCGUUCUUCACUUUCCUGCUCUAACCGUGGGGGAUUCUGGGAAUUACACCUGCACUUGGAAAACCAACGAGACGUCAGGAUCUAAAACCAUCAGCCUUCAGGUCGAGGGGUACAUUCCUGAACCUGAUCGUUCGUCGUUCUGGAUGAUUGUUGGUGUGACAGCUGGAGUGAGUAUCACCAUCUCAGUCUUCUUAGGAGCUGUGAUUUUCAGCCGGAGAAACAGGUCUCUGCCUGAGAGCCGGAGUGUCCACACUGAGCAGCAGAAGGAGGACAACUCUCAGGUCUAUGCUAAUGUCAAGCAGGUGGAAGAAGAUUCUGAACUCUAUGCUAAUGUAUAA